AGCGUCAUAUCCGUUCCAAACUUUUCAGGAAGUCCUCUAUGCAAAGUAAAUAAUUAAGGAGCGUUUUGUGGGACCGCAGUUUCGGACGCUGUUCCCGGUAGCAGCCGCUGGGCUUCACACUUUAUCGGGCUCAGGUUUAAGGGCUGAUUUCCUAUAGUGAUGAUGGAUUAAUGAUUUUCUUGAAUCUAAUGAUGGCUAGGUGGGAAUUUGUAGGAUUACUGAUUCUUCAAACCUGAAUUUGAAGACUUAAACUUUUUCUUGUCUGGCACACAACCUUCCCAUUGCAAAUACCUGCCAUGGCAAAACUAUGCAAUUCGCUUUUCCUUGGAUGUUUUUUAUGCGUUAUUCACACCGGGCUGCCCCAGUCCUACUAUGCUGUCCCUAUUAAAAUUUUUGCCGGACAGUUUAACUGGUCGCCGGAGUUGGACUUGGUCCCUUUGAAGAGAAACCUCACCGAAAACGGACUUUCUCUGGCGUCCAGUCCAGCCGGGGUGGUUCACUUCCUAAACAUGUUGAAUAAUUUACAAGGAGACUCUGGCCGAGGGUAUUACAUGGAGAUGUUAAUAGGAACUCCACCCCAAUCGCUGAAUAUCCUCGUGGACACCGGGAGCAGCAACUUCGCUGUGGCCGCAGCCCCCGAUUCUGACAUCACGCGCCACUUCAUCAGCAUGAGCUCCACUACCUACCAGUCCCUUGGGAAAGCAGUGACCGUAAAAUACACCCAGGGAGACUGGGAAGGGGAGCUUGGAAGUGAGCAGGUUUCCAUCCCCAAAGGCCCAAACGGCACCAUUACAGUCAACAUUGCAGCCAUUCUCUCCUCCAAUGGCUUCUUCAUCCCUGGUGUUAACUGGCAAGGCAUUCUGGGACUGGCGUACCCCAUACUGGCUCAGCCGGACAGUUCAGUGGAGCCUUUUUUCGACUCGUUGGUGCGACAGACAAGCAUACCAGAUGUGUUCUCGCUCCAGAUGUGCGGGGCUGGAAUUGCGGCUGGAUCCACCGUGGACCGAGCUGCAGGAAGCCUAAUCAUGGGUGGAAUAGAACCAACUCUCUACAAGGGCUCAAUUUGGUACACCCCUAUACAAGAAGAAUGGUACUACCAAGUGGAAAUAUUGAAAUUGGAAGUUGGAGACCAGAAUUUAAACCUCGACUGUAAGGAGUACAACUCGGAUAAAGCGAUUGUUGACAGUGGAACCACUCUCUUGCGUCUGCCGAAGAAUGUGUUCGCUGCGGUCAUCGACGCCAUUGUUCAGACAUCCUUGAUUCAGGACUUCCCAGCAGGCUUCUGGACCGACACGAAGUUGGCUUGUUGGCCGAAGGGUGAGACUCCUUGGCGCUUCUUCCCCAAACUCUCAAUCUACUUGAGGGAUACCAACGCCAGCCAGUCCUUCCGCAUCACAAUCCUGCCUCAGUUGUAUAUCCAGCCCAUCGAGGACCUCUACGACACCUUGGACUGCUAUCGCUUCGGCAUUUCCCCCUCCGCUAGUGGCCUGGUGAUUGGAGCCACCAUCAUGGAGGGCUUCUAUGUCAUCUUCGACAGAGCCCAGAAGAGGGUGGGCUUUGCAGUGAGCACGUGUGCAGAGAGUAGCGGUCUGUUGCUGUCAGAGAUCACGGGCCCGUUCGUGGCGUCGGACGUGUCGUCAGAUUGCCUGGGUGGCUCCCUGCUGCGGGAGCGCCUGCUGUGGGUGAUCUCCUACUCUGUGAUGGCCAUCUGCACCCUGGUCUUACUCGUCCUGCUCCUGAUCAUGGCGCUGCCGUGCCGCUGUCACCGUGGCAGCGGUCACCGGGCCGAGAUCAACGACGAGUCCUCGCUCAUUCGCAACCGCAUUAAGUGAAGUCCAGGGAAUGACGGAGCCCAGAUCACGGAUGACAUUUGCACUAAACCACAGCCACCAUUUUUACACUCCUCGGUUGCUCCUCCCAAGUAUCCGUCCCUAUAUAUGUAGAACAUCCUUAAACUUAUGCAAAUUUAUGCUAAUAUAUGCGCCUAUGCAUGCAUACCAUAUAUACAUGGCCCAUGUGUUGAAUGUAACUGUAAAGAAUUUGAAGCGAAAUCUGAAUAUUUUAGUAGAGCAAUCUGGCCUGGUUAUUAGAGGCUAAUUACUUACUCUAGGUUGGACAUUUCAAAAGACAUGAGGGGAGAAUUGAGGCUUCAGAAUCCACCAUGGGUAGGGGUAUUGUGCACCGGCACCAGCUGAUUUAACUCAUCUCUGGAACACUACCAUGUUAGUUUAUAGCAGCCAAUGACGUAUCAAUUUAAAAAUACAUUAAUGGUAGUUAUUACAUUACUGACUGCUAACCCAGCUAAUAAUGUAAUAACCUUUUGUGCAUAAUGUAAUAAGUUAUGUUUCUGAUUGAGAAAUUUUAUUACAUUAUCGACUUAUUACAUUAAGAAUGGGAAAAUUAUGACAUCAUUAGCAGUUGUUUCGUUUUUGGCUGUUAGAAACUUUAAUUUCUUUUUAAGUAGGAAUUGCUAUGCGGGAGUUCAGAUGUAAUUUAACCCACUUAUCACAAAUUGCUUUUUUUUUUUAGUUCCUUUAAGUUAAACCAAGCAGUGAGCCAGGAUAGAUCACACCCAGCUUGGAGCUCAAAGCCUCACUUCCCUUGUCUUCAUUAUCUUGAGAGGCAUAGAGACCGUGGCAUUGACAUCUAGUGAUGACCAUUAGCCCAUGUUCAGACAGAUCCUCAUUUAUACGUAUGCAAAUAUCUGGAAAUGAUUCCCUAUUUUCUACUUUAUUCAUCGUGGUUUGUGGAAGUUUAAAAACUGGAUUAUGGUGCUUUAACCUAGCAUUUAUCUUUACAGCUACUUAAAAUGGAGUGCGCGCCUGAAUGCUGCUUGUUAGCUCUUUGCUGGUGUCUCAUUGUCUAAAUGCUUACUGACUGUUGCGAAUACCUGCUCACUGUAACUGAAUCAGUGUGUUAAAACAGAUUUCUAUGUCCGGCAGCGUACGAUUCUAUUAAAAGAGAACAUAUUGUCUGUAAGACCAAAAGCCAUAGAAUAAUUGAAUGAGUGUUUGGAAAUUUGUAGUAGGAUGUACCCAAUAUGGAUAUGUAAUAUAUAAUGUAUGCGUGUGUGUAUAUAAAAGAUGCAUCCCACCAACAGAACUGAAAACUUAAAUAAAAAAUAUUGAAGGAAUGGGGUGUGAGCGGGACGACUGCUGGCUCUGAACUCUGAUUGUAAACUUGCUGGUACUUGUAGCUUUUGAAUUGCGUAUGAACUGGCUUGUCAUUGUAGAAAAAGCCAAACAUUACAUCACAGCUUAAAUCCAAAGCCAGAAUUUGCACUUUUCUAUUUGGUCCUCAAAGGACUCGCAGUAGUUAUUAGGCCACCGGAUCAUGUAACCACAGAACUGUUUAAGUUCCUAAUUGUCUGUUAAUGACACUAUAGUGUUUUAAUAGAAUGUAUUAAGUUAUGCUAUUGAAUGUAUGACAUCAGGCCACUGUAAAUUCUCAUGCAUCACCUCCGCCAGUGAUGUCUGUUUUCCACAAGAUGAUCAUGUGUGAGCUUUCACUGUCGCGGUUUCUGUAAUUCCGCCUGCAGACCAUAAUUUCAAAUGCAGGAAAUUAGCAAAACUUGAAUCUAAACAGGAGAAGCCUUCUUUUGAAUUGCCUUACCGUACUGUUCAGUGCAUCCAUAGCCAGAUUGAUAUUUAAAGGUGCAUUUGUAAAAUAGUCAAUGUUUAUAAUGUCAGAUUUUCCAUAGCUUAUUCCCAGUAAUAGAUUUAAUCGUAUUUUCCUGACUGAAGUAACCAUAACUGAUUAGCUGCCUUCCUGUCAUUCAUACCUUUUCCGUAGUUUAAUCUUUUCUCCCCAUUGCUGUGUAUCAUUCUGCUGUGAUGUUUGUACUUUGUUGUACCAAAAUGAAGGUUAAGAAAUGUUUGUACUAUUGUGCAAUUCCAUUUUUAAGGUAGUCAAGGGAUAGUGUUUGCAAAUUCAUGUCCUUUUGUGUUAUGGUUGCAUGGUUUACCUAAUAUAGUGGCUGUGAACUGAAACUUCUAGUAAAUCUGAUAAAUGACUUUGAAAGAAUAAAGCGAUGCAUUUUCACAGUUAAA